AUGUGUGACCUAUGCGCGCCCGAUUUACCUGAAGCAAAGUCUUUCGAAGAACUUGAGUUAAUUGUGAAACUGCAUCUCGAGCCACAACGAUCGGAAAUCGCAGAACGACACAUUUUCAGGCAACGAAAGCAAGUUUCGGGGGAGACCGUAAACGAGUAUUUGCAAUGUUUGAAACACUUAGCCAAGACUUGCAAUUUUGGAACGACAUUGGAAGUUAAUUUGAGAGAUCAAUUUGUGUCCGGUCUCCUUCACGAGGAUAUGAGAUCUAGACUUUUUGCUGAACGUGAUUUGGAUUAUAAACGGGCGGUGGAGCUAGCCCUGGCGUUAGAAGCGGCUGAUAGGCAUGCAGCAACGUCAGCGGUCAGCGGCAGCAUUGCCACAGUUCCAUCCGAUGGCAUCCAUCGCGUGGCAGCGGUGGCAGGGAAGCGCGAGCUACAUCGUGCGGCCGAUGCGCGCGUUUCAUCUACACCGGCAGCGCAGCGUCCCCCCCGGGGCGGCAGCGGUGCGACG